AUGUUACAUUUUUUUUUUAUUUAACUCGUACCUACUUGGAAAGCUGAAAAGCGCUCAAUGUAUGGUGAAAUUAUUUUUAAAAACACACCAAAAACCCAUUUGUUUGGUCAGAUUCAUCCCACUUAGCCAGCGGAUUAUACGUUGUCAUAUUAACAUACAUACAUCAAUAAUAGUUUAAUCAUUUACUAAUCGAUUUGUUACCUUUUUAGCUACGCUCUUUCGCUCUCAAAAUUUAUGAACUUUCGUCUUAACUAGCAUACUUAUUAUUCCCACCUACAAACUUACUUGCAUUAUAUUUAUAUCAACAUGUAGGUAUGUAUGUAGCAGGCAGAUCGACAAACAAAGUAGGCUUUGAAAAGACAUCAAAUUAGUUAUUAUAUUUUUUUUUAAUAAUUAUUGAAGUUUGUGUGAAUUUGUGAAAAAAAUAAAUAUAGCGCAAAGCGAAUUUCCGAGCAAAAAACGGUAAGUUUUGAACUGUUGAAGUGAAUUACACGAAUCUAUGUGUUUCCUUAUUUGAAAAAACAUAGGGUGUACCACUAUUAAUGUAGGCAUUUUUUUAAAUUUAAUUUAUUCUUUUUUAAUUGAAAGAAAAAUGCCACGACCCACACGAGGAAAUAUAGGUCGGCGAACGCGUCAUGCAAAUGCUACGGCAUUACAAAGGCGAUCACAGACUCCAGAUGAACGAGCACAAGCUAAUGCAUCGCAGCGUGAACGUAAUGCACGAAAUAGAAUUGUUGUACCUGAAAUUAUGCGUGCCGCUUUUAAUUACAACAGUCAGAUUAAUUACAGUAUGUACGGAUAUAUUGGAAUAAUGGACGCAAUAUGUCCACAUUGUGAUGCGGCUAAAUUUCCAGGUGAAACGCCCGGCAUGUGUUGUGCUAAUGGCAAAGUGAGAUUGCCACCAUUAGAAACACCACCCGAACCAUUGUCUUCAUUAAUUUUUGGGACUUCUGAAAAUUCGAAGCACUUUUUGAGACAUAUUCAACAAUAUAAUUCGGCAUUUCAAAUGACUUCUUUUGGUGCUACUAACAUUAUUAGAGAUAAUUUUAUGCCGACGUUUAAGAUUCAGGGCCAAAUUUAUCAUCAAGCUGGUUCGUUAUUGCCAUACCCCGACGCUGAUUAUCAAUUUUUGCAAAUUUAUUUUAUUGGUGAUGAAAAUCGUGAAUUGGAUCAACGUUGUGCAAUUUCUUUGAAUACAAGACGAGAAAUUAUUUGUGAGCUACAAAGGUUUUUCCAUCAGCAUAACGCAUUAGUUCAAUUGUUCAAAAUUGCUCUCGAUCGUAUGCCCUCUGAUCAUCACGAAAUCGUAAUAAGGGCUGAUAGAACACCUUUUGGAGAGCAUGAAAUUUGA